GCUCCAACAGCAAAUCUGUUUGCUUGAGCUGUUUUUUUCCCUUGUUUUUCUUCUUUAAUUUUACUUUUUGUUGUAGGAGCACCCUACGUGUUUUUAAACACCGUCCCCACAUUUUAGGAGAGCAGCGGUCUUGACCCUCCAGAAUUCAAAACUGCAUCAUGAAGGAAGAAAUAGCCGCUGCUGUGUUUUUUAUGACCCGUUUGGUAAAGCGCUACGGAAGUCUAAACAACGACGGGCGAGAAUGCUUCGCCGCCGCGCUUACAUCGGCCUUGUUGGAGUGCUAUAAGAAUCACUGGUACCCUAACAUGCCUACCAAGGGACAGGCCUACAGGUGUCUGAGAAUGAACCGCAUGCAACCAGAGGAUCCGGUGGUUCAGAAGGCGUGCGAGAGGAGCGGUGUCUGCUACGAGGACCUCGGCCUACCACGGGAGUUCACUGUGUGGGUUGACCCCGGCGAGGUGUCAUGCAGGUACGGUGAACACGGCUCGCCCUUCUGCGUGUCUCUUUUGGACGCCAGGCGGCGUUCUGACGGGAAGUUUACUCGGCGUGUCCAUGAUGCUGUGGAGCGCGCUGGUCUGGAUGUGCCUGAGGAUAGCUCUUCGGAUCACGACGACGAUGACAACGAUGACGAGAAAGAGGACUGUUGCAAUGGCAAUGGCAGCCUGUCUCCGCUUUGCACCGAACCCAGAACUAUCCCGACUGUCAGCAACCCGAACAGCGUCUACCGGUUCAGCGAGUUUGCUUCAGGCGCCCCCCAAACGUGGCUCACCUACCCCAUGAGAAAGCCCUUCGGCGGGGAUGUCUUUCUGCCUCACGCGCCCCUUCCUCCUCCUGCACCGCAGCAGCUGACUGCCACCAAAGGUUUCAAUUCGUACCGGGCCACGUUCACUUUCACCGGGCCUCGUGUGGACAAGUACCACUGGGUCAGCAAAUCCCGCUCAUAGAACUUUUCAGAUUGACUGGAGUGUUUGACUCUUUAAAGGAUAGGUUUUUCACUUAUUGUUCAUGAUUUAAAAUUUUUAAAUGUUUUGAAAUACUCUCGUGCUUUUAAGUCUACCUGUAAAUGUGUUUUUAAACUCCACUUACAUUUAAUAAAGUAACUAAACUGUGAAUUGUUGGUGAAAAGAAAUAAACACUUAAGUUCA